UCGUUGUUGUUGUUGAAGCUGAUAAUGGCGGCAGUGGGAUGCGGAUCAGCGGCUGCGACUGCUGUCGGAGGUCCGAGCGUUACAGUCACAACGCGGGGUCGCUUUCCGGGCCGACCGUGGACGUCCCGUAGCCUUCUGCGCUCGGAGAAACGUCCGCAGCUCGGACGGCUGGGGGCCGAUGAUGGGAAAACGGGAACCGGAGGCCCGAGGCCCGCAAGCACUGGACUUAAGCCUAACGAGGACCCGUCGCUCCUGCGCUUACUCGGGAUAGCGGAGCACUACAAGCGGCAGGCGGAGGCCGGCUACAGCUCAAGCGGGAGCGAAGAGGGAGAAGAAUUCAGAGGCUUUGAAGUAGAGGAUGAAGGCAACAGAAAUUCACUACGAUCAAGGCAGGAUUCUUCCAGAAGCAACCCCCUUGAUUUGAAAUUGUCAAAAGUGGCAGAAGAGAAUCCUCAUCCAGCACUGGACCAUGCAGAAACAAGGACUGCUUUACCAGUUCCUAAAAAAGGCUCCAAACCCUCUCAGGAACCAAGGCAGAGAACUGUAACCGAUCAGCUUCAGAAAAAUGGUGGCAAGAGUUCAAAAAACAACCUUUCAAAACUCACCACUUCAACUGCACGGAGUCAAGAAAAACAAACAAGACCCAAAAUUACCCUAAAACUAGUCUCCAAAAAGACAGUCAAGAAGAAAGUGAUAGUUAGUCAGAAACCACUGAAAAAAGUCAAGGUGUCAGGAUACAAAUUCCUCUCAAAAGGCAGGAAACUCCAAGGUAUAAAGUCCUCUGGUGCCCAGGUGAAGUUAAAGAAAGGGAAGCAAGAUGCUAGAAGAAAGAGCCUUAAAGUGGGAGGUGGUACAAGUGGAGGAUCCAGAAUUACAAGGCAGGGACGUAGUUUGGCAGGCAAGGUAAUAAAAGCUGGCAAUGAUAGGAAACAGGCAAAAUCUGAGACUGAGGGCCCAAAGGUGGAAGGGAAAAAAUCUUUAGGGAAACAUGCUCUUGUGCCUCAAAGAGGAAGCACAACACCCAAUGCUGACAGCAGGAAGAGCAAAUGCAGACAAAAGGUCUCAGAGCCAAAUACUGAAGUCAACAAGGUGAAGGGACAGAGACAGUGUAAAAAAGCUGUGAAGUGUGAAACUGAUGUAAAUUCGGUGGCAGAAUUGGAAAGCCAGGGCACAGAGGGAAGCUUGGCAGAGCCAUUAUCCAAAGAGGCAGCGACAGCGGACUCUACGUCAGUGGUCAGCAGCAAGAAGGACAAUGUGGGAAGGAGGCAACAGAGGAAGCAGGACAAACAAGCCUCAAAUAUCGAAACUCCACUGGGUGCUGAGCAAGAAAAGCCAUUUGAUACUGGUAGUCUGGCUUUUGAAAGCAAGAGUCAAGACUUUGGUAUCCCUGGUUUGAAACUGAAGAGAGUGAGGAACCCCAAAGCUGUGCUUGCCAGUUCUGCCAGGUCUCUCCGUAGUGACCAGGACUUGAAGGCGUUAUCAUGUAAGAAGCAAAGCAAAUUUGUGUGGACCCUGACUCUGGUGAAAGGAAAAGGGAAGGCACCGAAGAGGCAAGGGCCUGGUAAAAUGAAAGAGGAGAAUGAAGAUGUGAUGAUCACAGAUGACAAAAAAGAGGACGAAGCCUCUCCUACAGCUACCACUCCAGGUCUAAACAAAUGCACCCAGAAGCAACAGAAGACAUGCAAGAGGACACGCGGUAAGGGAAAACUUGGACCUGAAAUGGGAAACGCAAUGGAAGCACAAUCAGGGGAAACAGCGAAGGAGGGCAUAUUGGUCGGAGAGGUUGUCGUACCACCUCUAAAACUAAAGGUUGUGUCUUCAUCAAGUGAACACGGAAGUCUGCAGCCAUCAUUGUUGAAGCAGAUCGAUUCUGAUCUCAGAGAAAAGGAGCACGUUGCAGAAAACGUCAGUGCAAUUCAAGGAGAUCUGCCAACCUUGUCUACAGUGAAUAGUCCAUCAUCUCCAAAAGCAGAAGACAGGUCUAACCUUACCUUCCCGCAAAGGAAGCAGAGCUGUAAGCCAUUGACAGCACAGAAACUAAAGACUCAGAACGUCAGUGCUGAAAAUAUUCCACAAUUGCCUACUGCUCAAGAUGAAGCUCAGAUGGGGAAAUGUCCCACACAGGAUGUUAUUUCAGAACCACAACAGGACGCAGAAGAAAUGGGAGUUUCCAGAGUAUUAUCUUCACUAAAGGAGGAGACUUGCCAGGGUUCAGAUGCUUUUGGAUCACAAUCUACCGAAGCUGUGGCAAAUAUAAAACCUGAAAUGGAACAGGAGGUGGCAGUGCCGGGAGAGGGAGAUGCCCCGGUACAACCCCCACUGAAACGUGUCAGAAAGCCUUUCAAACAGAAGAGGCGCAAGUCAAUAUUUGGAUAUCGAAGGAAGCCGGAAGAACUACCUGUACGGCCAUCCCCAAGAAGCCUUGGGGAAGAGCCAAAGAGGCACAGGCGGAAGUUGAUCACUUUUACUUACGAAGUGAUCCCAGAUCCGCUGGAAGAAGCGGCGAAGGCAGGGAUGGGUGGACAGUCACCCCAAGUCUCCCAUGACCAGCAGCAAGACAAGUUCCUGAACGAGCCGCACUCCUCUACAGCUGUUGUAAGUGCAAGAUCCUCUCGAGUCAUCAAGACACCAAAGAGGUUCAAGGAUUACGAGGACUCGUCUGCGCUUUCUCUCAGAAUGUUUCAGAAGAAAGGCCACCUCAGUCUGCACCCUCGAUCAGCCAGGAAACAAGACUUUGACUCUGAGGACCUGUUUGAUUGUCUGAAGGAUGACUAUUUACCUGAGCCCCUCUUUGAUUUUGAAGAUGCUGAUGUGUCCCAAGCCAUGAGUACCAGCUGUGACAUAAAAGUUGAAGAAGACAGUGCAACCUCACCUAACCUGUCUGGGAAGAGGAAAACCCCCUUACGUGAGCCUAAUUUCAAGUGGCGUUCACUGGAGGGUGCUGAGGAGGAGGUGUAUACCCAAGAAAGUCCCCAGCUGUCCAUGCAAGACCUAAUGUCAUCGGAUUCUACCACCACGACCACCAGCUUGCCUCCAAAUAAGGUUUCCACGCUCAGUAAGGGCUCAGCACUGAACAUUUAUGAGAAACUGAAGAAGCUGACCUCAGGCACAGGUCAGAAGAAGAAGGUGAAGGAAGGAGUCAGAACAUUUGGGUCUCCUUCCGAUGCUGAGAGCAGAAGCUGGGAGGGAAGAGCAGGGGAAACCCAGGAUCCUUCUUUGUCACUGACUCACAUAAAGAAGAAGAAGAAAGCCAAGCUGAAGAUGGAGGACCUUGAUUCCCCUGGGGUGGUGCGCAAAGUAGCAGUGCGCGUCCGUUCUAAACCUCAGAUGUCCAUAUAUGGUGACAAAGCUGUGGAAGGACAUGAAGAAGAUGGAAAUGCAUCUUCGUCCAAGCUGACGGUGAAAAUCAAAGGAGAGGAUGAAGCUUUGGAGCCCAGUGUUGGCGAGCCCGAGGAGGACCAGAAAGAGGAACGUGAGCAAGUUGUGAUUGAGGAAAAGGGCACGACCCACAGGGUCUGUCUGACUGGUGCCAACAAGAGGAUGUUCCACCUGUUAAAGAGAGCCAAGGUCCAGCUCAUCAAGAUUGACCAGCAGAAACAGCUUAAGUCUUCCCAGCUCCUCUCUGGAUCUGUCAACUUGGGACCCCAGGAUCGAGCUCCAGUGAGGAUCAAGAGAAGGAGAGUGGUCAGGACAUUAAACAAGGAGGCUGCUCCUCAGGAGCAGGCCCGCAGAGGCCCACGCAUUAAGCAUGUGUGUCGGGCGGCCGCCGUGGCCCUGGGACAGCCCCGCGCCAUGGUGCCCGACGACAUCCCCCGGCUCAGCGCCCUGCCCCUCCACGAGAGAGCCGGCAUCACCCCCUCACCGGUUGCAGACGACUUAGGGUCACCCUCAGAACCAGAGAGUCCCACCUACAGUGACCAGCGGACCCCCAAGGUUCGGAGGUCAGGGGGCCGGUAUCCGGGCGACUAUGGGCCCUUGGGGCUGAGGACGCGCAGGUGCGGGAGGUGCAAAGGCUGCCUCCACGAGGACGACUGUGGCAAGUGCAUCAACUGCAAGGACAAGCCCAAGUUCGGGGGGCCCAACACCAAACGGCAGUGCUGUGUGCAUAAGAAGUGUGCCCGGAUUGAGGAGCUGAAGGCGAAGCGCUUGGGGUACAAGCCUAUCAAAGCCCACAUGAAACGCCGCCGGUCGUCAGUCAGCGUGUGCCACUCCAGCAACGACGAAGGUGAAGGGAGGGAGAGGUCAUCGUCGGCGCCCCCUGCUGAUGAGGAGAGUCCCUCACUGCGGAAGCAGCCGAGGCGGGGCGUGAAGCCGCGCUCCUACUGCGACCUGCUGGACUACGACUCUGACCUGGACGAUAUGGCGGGAUCCAGCUCGGCCCCCCAGGGCAAGAGGAGAGCCCCGCCCUCCCGCAGUCAUGACUUCGCGUCGCACGACGAUGGCGGCAGUGGCGUUCCGGGGGACGGCGUGCGUCACCGCAGACCAGGCCAGCACAGGGGUCCUCCGCCGCGCCGCAGGGCUGAGAAGAGCCCUUUGGAGCAGACGCCCCCGAGCGUCCUGGCCGCCCUGGCCAACGGGUUCACCCAGCGGGAGAGGGAGCCUUCUGAGCCGACGCACAAGAUCCGCGUCGACUUCAAGGAGGACUGUAACAUCCAGAAUGUGUGGCUUAUGGGCGGCUUAAGCAUCCUCACCUCUGUCCCCGUCAUCCCCCAACACGUCUGUCUGCUCUGUGCCAGCAAAGGGCAGCACCAGAUGUUAUACUGUCAGGUGUGUUGUGAGCCUUUCCACUGGUUCUGCCUGGAUGCUAAAGAGCGCCCCCUGGAGGAGAACAAGGAGAACUGGUGUUGUCGCCGCUGCAAGUUCUGCUAUGUGUGCGGCCGCAAGAACAAGCACUCAAAGCCUCUGUUGGAGUGCGAAAGAUGUCAGAAUUGCUACCACUCAAGCUGUCUGGGACCAAACUAUCCAAAACCCAGCAAGAGUAAAACAUCCUGGGUCUGCAUGUCUUGCAUCCGCUGUAAAAGCUGCGACGGGACUCCGGGAAAAAGCUGGGACACAGAUUGGAACCACGAGAGGGGCCUUUGCUCCGACUGCAGCAAGCUGUAUGACCAGGGUAACUUCUGCACGAUCUGCUUCAAGUGUUACGAGGACAAUGAUUACGACAGCCAGAUGAUGCAGUGUGCCCGCUGUAACCACUGGGUCCAUGCCAAGUGUGAGGGGCUGACAGACGACCUGUACGAGAUCCUGUCCAACAUGCCCGAGAGCGUGGUGUACGCGUGCGGGCCCUGCAGCCUGACCAAGCCCAGCUCCUGGAGGGAGGCCCUGCAUGUGGAGCUGAGGUCCGGGGUGGGGAAGGUGCUGGCCUGCCUGCUCACCUCCACCCUCACCCAGCACCUGGUCAAAUGCAGCAAGUGCGCUGGGGUCAUGAACCCUCAGGUUGAUCUGGACCAGCCAGCCUGCGACAUCCAUGCCGUGGGGCUGAAAUUCGACAAGGGUCUUUACACCACACUGAAAUCAUUCCAUGAAGACGUGGCCCAAGUGAUCCGGAAGCGACUGGAAGAUGAAGUGGAGGCCGACGACGAGAAGCCUCCUCCUCCCGACGACCAGGGGCCCACCUCACUGGCCAGGUCGUACUACUUAAAGUUGAUGGACGAAGUUUAUAGCUGGUUCAACAGCCAGGACCCCAAAGUGUGGCACUCAGGUUCCGGAGAAUUCCCAGCGGGUAUGCUCCCCAACGCCGUGCUGCCCCCCUCCAUGGAGCACGUCUACGCCCAGUGGCGGGAGAGGAGCGACCCGUGGACCAGUGAAGGGCUGGGGUUCCCGCACGAGGGUGACGGGGAGGGGCUUCACCCCUCCACACCCUCCACCUACAAGCUACCCGGCACCCACUCCAGGAACAUGAGGGGGUUUUACAAAUCCCAAGAAAAGAGGGGAUAUCUGUCCAGCGCCGACCUGGACUUAAACUGGUCCAAGCAAGAUGAGAGGCAGUGUUCCCUGUGCCAGAAAUAUGGGGAUGCCAAGCCCAACGAUGCAGGAAGGCUGCUGUAUCUGGGUCAGAACGAGUGGGCUCAUGUGAACUGCUCCUUGUGGUCAGCGGAGGUCUACGAGGACAACGGCGCCCUGAUGCACGUCCACAGUGCUGUCACCAGGGGGCGCCACAUGCGCUGUGAGCGCUGUAACCAGACGGGGGCGACGGUGGGCUGCUGUCUCAGCUCCUGCCAGAGCAACUACCACUUCAUGUGCGCUCGGGCCCGCAACUGUGUCUUCCAGAACGACAAGAAGGUCUUCUGCCACACGCACCGAGACCUCAUCAGUGACAAAAUAGUCACUGGGACUGGAUUUGAAGUACUUCGUCGGGUCUUUGUGGAUUUCGAGGGGAUAAGUCUUCGCAGGAAAUUCCUGACUGGUUUGGAGCCAGAAUCUAUUAAUAUGAUGAUAGGCUCAUUACUGAUUAACAGGUUGGGAGUGCUGACUGAACUGUCAGCCAGUCAGGGGAAACUCUUUCCAGUGGGCUAUCAGUGUUCCCGCUGGUACUGGAGCACAGUGGACCCUCGCCGCCGUUGCAGGUAUACUUGUAAGGUGAAGGAGGUACGCCCCCCGGUCCAGGAGAAGCCCAUGGAGGAGACGCCCGAUCAGGGAGACAACCGCACGAUUGUCCACAGCCCGAUCCCCCACACUUCUCAAAAAAUAGAUACCCCUGAGGGAGAGAUGGCUCCCCCUCCUCUUCCUGAAGUACCACCGAGCACUCCAUCUCCCCCCUCCAAACUGGACACUGGAGCAGGGAAUAAAGCCCCCGCCUACCCCCAAACCAGGAGACCAGCAGGGGGAAUGUCCCGGCCUCUGCCAUCCCCAGAGAGCACAUCUAAAUCCCACCCUAUUCUGACCAUCGGCGACCUGGAGGAGUCCCGCCGGCCACGCCGCCACUGCACCCUCUCUCAUGGCUCCAGCAGCCGAAGCCACGUUUCUCCCACCACCUCGAGCAUCUCGCUCCGCUCGGGGGAGUCGCUUCACUCGAGAAACUGCUCGACUCUCUCUGCGCUCUCCCCGCUGGGUGCCGCUGAAAAUCCGCAGACCUCCCCCCCGCCCCGGCGCCGGGGUCGAAGCGCCCCCGCGGCCAGGGCUUCGGUGACGGCGACCCCCCACGCUACCUUAGAGCUCUUCCCUGUCAGCAGCUCCCCGCUGUCCCUCAACGACAGCCAGUCCUCCCUGACACUCAGCCAAUUCCCCAGGCCCAGCCUCCUCUCUGAUAUCAGUCCAGAUUCGACAGAGGUGCCACACGACUUCUUAGCGACCACCGAGCCAGAAGACACCGCCUUGCCUCCUCACGGCGAUGACUCCAGCCGGGCAAACGGCGCCCAGAUGAUCUCUGAUCAGGUCUUUCCCUGCGCCCCCCUCAGUGUUGACUCCGGUGCAGGUGUGGCACCUGUGAUGAGCUCCAAGCUGGAGUUGAACGAGAGCGGCUGUGGGACUCUGCUUGUGGUGGGCGGGGAGGAGGUGGAGGUGAGCUCGGACGGGCUCCAAGACGGCAAGGGAGACGCUGACAAAGAGGCGGCGGUCGUCAGAGCCUUGUCUCUCCCUGUGACCUCUGCUAGGGAGGACUGGGGAAACAUCUCCUCCGACGAGGACAUGGACAACUACUUCGGAUUCUCCCGCACUGUCAUUAGCUCUGAGGCCGCCAGGGACCCAGAGCAGGCGCUUGCCCCUCCCUCCUCAGGGCCUAUCCCCCAGCUCGAUGGCAUCGACGACGGUGCUGAAAGUGAUGUUAGCGAGGCCACCAACGACGGCACUCAGAACCAAAAGAACACUGGCCAAGCACAGAACCCGGCACCGUUGCCUCCUCAAGGGGACAACCAAGGUGAUAGACUGAGUCACUCGAGCACUCCCUCUCCGAGCCCAGCCUCUGGGAAGGGGCAGCUGGAGGCGGCAUCAUGCAGUGAGGAAUCCAUAACCUCUGUUAAGUCUAAUUCCUUAACGUUUUCGGACGUUCUGCCAGAGAACACGUCCCCUGGAUCUUUGAAAGUGGACUCCGCCCAGCUCGGUUCCACCACCGCUAUGAGUGACACCUCGCCUGCUCCAGUGGAAACUUGUCAGGCAUCGGCAGAGCCCACACUCAUUGUUGAGCUGCAGUCAUUGCCUGUCGAAGGUGCUGAGUCCAGCACUCCAGAUGCGGCCUUUGCAGAGGGAUUGACGGAAGAGAUCUUGAUGCAGGAGGUCGAUCCAGAGAUGGUCACUGGGACCUUUCUCGUGUGUGACCCAUCGACGGAUGCUUCUCACUCUAACCAGGAGGUGGUCCCAAUGGACGCUGAACCUGCAGAACUCCAUAAAGAUAUUUUCUUAGACCCCGACAGUGGACACUUCGUUGCAGAGGAUGGCACUGUGCUCUAUCUUACGGAAAGCAUGGAGGAUGAAGCAUUGUCAGCUAGCAAUAUGAACGGGAACCAGGGAAUAGUGGUAGAUUCUCCCGUACAAGGCAGCAUGGUUUUGGAGCAGCUCCCUACACUCAGUCAUGCCUCCAGCGAUCCUUUGAGCAACAGGCCGCCUGUGCAAAUGUCUCUGUCCUCUCCCCAGCCCACACCUAUCACAUACAUUCGAGCUUCGAUAGACCCCAUGCUGGCGUCCACGGCAACAAGCAGCAGUAUUCCAUCCAUGCAAAAUGUGCAGGCCACAGUUAUGCCGUCGACAGAGUACAGGCAGUCUGCUCGCGCUGCAGGCCUGACGGCUAUGUCUGUGUCCGCAGGAAGUGGUCUGACUCUGGGGACCCGCGUAAAUCCCGAUUCCCCUCUUCCAGCAGGCACGGCGACAGUUACAGUCAUGUCCUCCCCCUCUGCCACUACCCAUUCUUAUCAAGUGAGGACCACCCCAACUUCCGGCCCCAUCAUCUUUAAUGGUUUCACCCCGGCACCUCUGCAGAGAGAAGCCCCCCGGACACAAACCGUCUCCAUUAAUUUCGGCAACCCCAAGCCGGUACUGCCCGCACCGCAGCACGUGGUCGCACAGACCCGGCCAGGCCACACGAUCCUCACCGUACAGGAAGUGGGCGGCUCCAGCAUGGACUCUGCCCCGCAGGUUCUGCUCGUCAACCGCAGCGGUCAGGUCUUCAUCAAGAACCCGGACAGCAACACCUUUCAGUUGCCCAGUGCUAGCUCGCCGUCCUACACUUCCAUCAGCAAGAUUACCGGCCUGCUUCAGAGCAACGCCUUGUCCGCCACGCCCGCCCCGGCGAGUAACGUGACUCGUGUGCCCAGGCUGGUGACGCCUGUGGCGUCCCCACGAGUGGUCUUCAACCCCGUCGCCACUACCCAGCUGAUAACCUACAGCAACAAAGGUGCUGUGACCGCCGGUGACGUCCUGAUCGGCAGGAAGCCGGAACAUUCCCUGGAGAGCCUUGCGUCUGACGACAAGAAACCCAGGAAGAGGGGGACCAUAUUGAACGUAGGACCUAAAUCUGCCCUGAGAGCAGAUUCGUCGGUUUGGCCAGGUGUUCAAGGCAGGACCUGGCUGAACUCUGUCAGCCACAGUGGCAACGCCCAGACCAUAAUCGCCCAAGCUGCUUUAGCAGGUCACCAAAAUCCCAUCCAAGCUGGCGUCCUAAGCACUUCCCAGUUCCACGUCCACCCUGUCCUGAACAGAGCCCAGACUGUGAGGUCCGUCGUGAUCCCCCCAGGCCUUUUGGUCAAGUCGGGCUCCUCUUCCCCUCAGCCCCGCGCUCAGGUCCGCAUCAAGAGGGUGUCCUCGCUGCCAAGCCGCAGUGGGACCAAGAAAGCGAAGGUGGACUCCACAGAGCAGGAGCCCCCUGGUGGUGUGGAGGACCUACGCAGAGCCGGGAGCGCGACAGCUAGCAAACCUGCGGGCGUCCGUAUGAAAACUCCAACUGCAAAAGGGGAGCUGGACCUCAACAAGCUUAGGGAAGAUGGCUGCAACAACUCUGAAAACACAAGACCUGUCCCCUGGGAUCGUCUGUCCUCUGUGUCCCGAGGUAACAACAUUAGCCACAGCAGACAGCGAGCCUGGGAUUCUGCAAGGCGCAAUUCCCUGACUGACAGCAGCAAUUUCUCAAGUGAGAGUGCGAGCUCGGACGACGAGAUACCGCCCCCCGAGCAGGACGAGGAGAGCCCCCCCAGCAAGGACCAGCCCCACCUGCGCUUCGAGAUCACCAGCGAGGACGGCUUCAGCGUGGAGGCAGACAGUAUAGAGGUGGCGUGGCGGGCGGUGGUGGAGGGCGUGCAGGAGGCGCGGGCGGGCUACAGGCUGAAGCAGCUGUCGUUCGCGGGCAUGAGUGGGGCCCGCAUGCUGGGGGUGCUGCACGACGCUGUGAUCUUCCUGGUGGAGCAGCUGCGGGGGGCCUCCCGCUGCCAGCAGCACAGCUUCCGCUUCCACCAGCAGGACAACCAGGAGGAGGAGCUUCCCAUCAACCCCAGCGGCUGCGCCCGCUCCGAGGUCCACCAGCGGAAGUCCACCUUUGACAUGUUCAACUUCCUGGCCUCCCAGCAUAGGCAGCUCCCUGACAUCGGGCCGUACGACGAGGAGGAGGACGAAGUCCCGCUCAAGUCCACCAGGCGCGCUACGAGCCUGGAGCUGCCCAUGGCCAUGCGCUUUAGACACCUGGAGAAGACGUCCAAGGAGGCGGUGGGGGUGUACAGGUCUGCCAUCCACGGGCGAGGCCUGUUCUGCAAGCGCAACAUCGACGCGGGGGAGAUGGUGAUCGAGUACUCCGGCAUCGUCAUUCGGGCCGUGCUGACAGACAAACGGGAGAAGUACUACGACAGCAAGGGGAUUGGCUGCUACAUGUUCCGCAUCGAUGACUUUGACGUGGUGGACGCCACCAUGCACGGCAACGCGGCGCGCUUCAUCAACCACUCGUGCGAGCCCAACUGCUACUCGCGCGUCAUCCACGUGGAGGGCCAGAAGCACAUCGUCAUCUUCGCCCUGCGCAAGAUCUACCGCGGCGAGGAGCUCACCUACGACUACAAGUUCCCCAUCGAGGACGACAGCAGCAAGCUCAGCUGCAACUGCGGGGCCCGCCGCUGCCGCCGCUUCCUCAACUAG